AUGGGCUAUGUAUUCACAACUCUCAGUUUGAUGCUUUCUUUCCCAUUUAUGUAGGAAUCGGACUGCUCAAGCGCUUGCAAGAAGUCGAAGCACUGUAGGUUUCGGAGGACUUGUUUCUGAGCGAUAUCGAUCGCUUCUUAGCCCAUGGCCGUGCCAAGUCGUGCCACGCCGUCCUGUCGUUUUCUAUAGCUCCUCCUCCUUUCCUGUGCUUCUAGCGCCGUCAACAAAGGAACUGUGCGCCGGAUUGGCAUGGCCGCGUGCAACUUCGAAACGUGGAAAAACUUUUGGAAAGCGUUGCUCUCCAGACGCUUUGGAGGAGAGCAGGGAUCCGCUCCAAAAAGACCUCAACGGGCCGGAACUUUUCGAAUUCAGAAUGUGUCACAAGUAUCCUCUUCAUUGA